UCAAGUAUGCCGCCAUUUUACGAACUCGCAGUCGCCCGUUUCGUCCCCACCGGGCCAUCUUCAUCACACCCCUCCUCGUCUUCGUCACAAGACUCCUCCCACUGGGCAAUCGCCGUCACCUUCUCAUCUGCAUCAGGGUCCCUUCUUUACCAAAUAACGGGCACACACGCCGACUACGCCCUGGCAGCGCCUGCCUCCGGAAUACCUCCAGAGUACCGCUAUACGGCCAAAGCCCCGAUAGGAUAUGUCGACGCUGACAUACUUCCUGCUUUACACACCACACUCACAACAAUCUCCAUCAUACGCGACGACCCUACAUGGGGAUCACGAGAUUGGGUGCUGGACGGGGUAAACGAGCUGAAGAAAGUGGAAGGGUUCUUCGUGGAGAAACACGUGUCCGCACAAUGGAUCAAGGACAAGUUGGGUGAGAAGUAG